GGAAGAGGAGAGAGUAUAAAGGGCUGAAAGAAGGAGGGAGACUGAGGGGGCUGCUGGCGGGGGUCUUGUCCGGGCAUGCAUUGCCCAGCAGCAGCCAUCCCCACGAGCCUCCAGUGUCUCUAGUAGUUUAGUACUAGUCUAGUAGUAAGUAGUAGCAGUGCCCUGUUUUGCUGGGCUCCGGAGUCCGUCCAGGAGCAGCCUGCCUCUGCCUUGCUCUGGCUGGGCUCCAGGACAAGCCUGGACUUGCAAGGAGCUGCCAUCCCAGGAGGAGGAGGAAGAAGAGGGGCACGCAAGGCUGAUUCUGAGGGAUUCGACCGAAGAAAGGAAGUCCGUGGCUAACUCCCAAAGUCCGGCAGUCCUCUCUCCUGACCCAGCAAUGAAUUAAAAUGGCAAAAGAGGCUGCAAUGAUGUUCCUCCUGAUGCUUGCUAGCAAGGUGCCACGGUUUUCUGCAAACCCAGUGGAAUGUCGCGGGAAUGAAUACCUGGACGAUCGUGGGAAAUGCAGCCCAUGCAAGCAAUGCGGACCCGGGAUGGAGCUCUCUGAGGAGUGUGGCUAUGGCGAAGGCAGCAAUGCGCAAUGCGUGCCCUGCCAACCGCGGAGGUUCAAGGACGGUUGGGGGCACCAUGGAUGCAAGCCUUGCGCCUCUUGCAGCCUGAUCAACCGGGUCCAGAAGUCCAACUGUAGUGCCACUUCGGACGCCGUCUGUGGAGAGUGUUUUCCUGGUUUCUAUAGGAAGACCCAGAUCGGAGGUUUCCAGGAUCUGGUGUGCGUCCCUUGCACCAAGCAGACCCCUCCUUCUGAACGACAGUGCCGUGCGAGAGUCUCCCUGGUGAAAGUGGAAAGCCACUCGGCACCCGCUCAUGCCUCGGCCCUUGUGGCACUGACCAUCAGCGCCCUGGUCAUCAUCCUGCUGGUCCUCUUGACCGUCUCCAUCCUCUACGGCCGGCGGUUCUGGAAGAGCCAGUGCCAGCGGGUGCUUCAGCGGAGCCCGACCCUCCCUGGUCAGCGGGUGACCUUUCAAGCAUCCGCUCUGCCGGCCGGCGUCUCUUUCCACAAACCGACAUUGGACCCUCCUUGCUUUGGCACCGAGAGCUUCAUGAAGGGCUGUGGGCCACUAGAAGGUCCCUCUGAGUCUGUGCCAUGUGUCCCAGAAGCGGAGGUCCCUGGCUUCCAUUUGCCCGGCUACCAGCCUGACUUGGACUCGCCUGCCCUGGUCACUCUCAGCCCAAAGGCUCCUCUGGCCAGGAAUCCCUUAGAAACCCGGCCCUUGCUCAGGAAUUCAGAGUGCAGCGACUGCUCGGCCGGAGGGUCUUCUUUCAUGGAGGUUGGGCAUGGGUCUGGGGAGGAUCCUGGCCACCCCACUCCUCCUCCCUCCUUCUGUGCCAUGGACAUCCAGCCGCGCUGGCCCCAUGCCCCCGUGGAGUGCACAGAGCUGGACCUGCAGGCAUUCUCCGACCAAGCGGGGCGCAUGGUCAUCAGGCACAAAGAGGACGCCAGGAAGAUGGUGGCGCAAGAGCAGCUGCACCCUGAGGCACCAGUCUGCCCAGUUUACCCAUCAGCAAAAGGCCAGCUUGCUUGUGCAUCUGCCCCAACCUCAUCCCUGUCCUUCAGGGAUCCCAUUGUCGAAAGCGGGGAGCAGCUGGGAGGUGACGUUCAGAGCAUUGUGGCUGAGAUCCACGAUGUUUUGCAAGACCUCCCUCUGGCCAGCCUGCCGGCUUCCCUGGUGCUCUCUCUCGCUGACCACUUGGACCCUUCCUUACCUGGACUCAAGAACUUCAGCCACUUGGGAGAGGAACUGGGGGUCCCAGCUCACAAGCAGCCCCAGAUAUCUGGGUUCGUGGAGCUUGUCGCCUUCCUGGCCUCUUCUGGAAGGCCCCUCUCAGUCCUCUCCUUGGCCCAAGCGCUGCAGAAGCUCCAGCGGUUUGAUGCCUUCCUUUUGCUCUAUGGUCACUUUGUGGGCAGCCAGACCCACCACUGCAGUCACUAGGUGCGUCCGGCCGGAGCGCUUUCUCAUCUCAGAGCCUCUCCUGCAAGCAAGAUGGGUUCAGCUGUCUGCCGAAAGAGGUAUUGUCUUGCCUAGAGAUCUUUUUAGGAUGAGAUCUUCAAGCUGAAGAGGAAGACGUUGCUUGUGGAGACGAGGAAAGGAAAAUUCAGGGAGAUUUUUGACAUCGGCUGGACGGCCCUAUUUCAGGGAUGAAUUUUCUGGCUCACCAUCAAUCCACUGUCUUUUUCUUUCUUUCUUUUUAAAAUAAUGAUCUACUGAUGCUGUAUCUCUGCUUGAGAUCUAGUUCAUGCUGUCUCUGUACUUGAGAUCUACUUCAUCUCCUGGAUCAUCUUGAUCCUCCUUUGGAAACAGUAGUUUUGCCUCCUGGGUCACCUACUUUGGAAAAUGUACAACUAUAUUCUGUGCAUCAGUUUCCCACUGUUUCCAAAAAGUUGGUGCUUGAGAUCGACUCUAUGAAGUUAAAAGAAAGAGCAUGAAGAUCUUUCAUUUUGUACCAGCUUUCAGAUCUUCCUUAAAAACAGAUCUGUCUUCAUUGACCAGCCUUGAAUGGACUAGCUUUCAAAAAGACAGACGGGUUUCUCGCUGAUAUCUUUAAUGUUUCUGCAAUGUCUAUAGGGCUCCUGGGGUCCCUUACGGGGAAUUUUCUUGCCGACACACAUUCAGGGGUUUCCUUUUUUAAAACAAAUGCUGACAUUUAUAACUGUUUUGUUUACAAGUGUGUCGUAAUAUUUUUAAAAUAAUAUUAAUUCUUUUCUGAACUUCGAGGGCUUUAAUGGGGAAAGAGUUACUGUAUUUUUGCGGUUGUUCUAAUCCUCUUUUGGGGUUUCGUUCUGGGAAAAGGGAUAUCCAUCUGGACCCCUUUUCUGCAGGUAAAAUCUCCUUUACUGAGGAAUUUGGAUUUGUAAAUGCCUCUAAUGGUUUCAGAGGAAAGAUUUGUAGGCCUACGGAUUUGUUAUUUUGGGGAGAAGUGCCUCUCUUUAAGUGAACUUAUCACUUGCCAUACACUACAAUGCAACCCUCUAGAUAUUGUUGGGCUGCAUCUCUUAGCUAUGGCUACGCUGGCUAGAAGGAUAAUGGGACUUGUAGUCCAACGGCAUCUCUGAGGGACGUAUCGUCUCCAUCUCUGACUUCCCAUUGAUUAGUGGGUCUGUUCCAGCUUGGACUAAGAAUUCGAUGUAGGGCUACGUCUCCGUGGCCUUCACUCCUUUCUCAAGCAUCGGUGCCAAGGCUCCAGCCAUUUUAAGCAGAUGUUUCCAAUUGUCCUUGUGUUCUGAAUUGCUGGAUUAGGGGUCUGAAAGUGAUUUCAAUUUAUAGGAAAACAGGGAGACAGAGAUGGCUGUUGUCCCUUGAAUUAGACAUUGGAGAGCUAUUGGAGUGGAGCUGUUAUUCCUCUUUCCUUCCUCCUUCCUUCAUUGAAUGCCUUUGGAGCCCAUAAGCUCUUCUUUGUCCUCAUGCGCCAAAUGCCACCCAGGAUUCAGGAAGCAUGUUUCCUGCACUUCUAAUGUCAAAGCGAUUUCAUUUAUUUUGCUGCCACUUUCCAAUGGUUGAAUCCUUUCCUCCGGGACAAAGUGGAUUUGUAGUCUUUGCAAUAUCCAUUGAGUCCCAGAGUGAAAAGCAAGGGCCAGGGCUAAAGGAGACAAAACCUUAGGCUUGGCUUUGGUGCAAAAGGGGCAAAAAGAGAGAGGCUUCCGGUCUUCCUGGAAACGUUGGGCCGAUUUGCAUUGGGAGCUUUUCAUUCCCAUUGGGAAAAACGUCCUCCGCCAAAGAGAAGGAUCUCAUCUUGUCUGGCUGCUUUGCUUGCGUUUAGUCAAUGGCAGUCAGAGCUAAGGGAGGGAUGUGGCUGUUUGUUUCUCCCGAUGCACCAGAAAUAAGGUCCUUUUUGGGACUGAAGCCCCUAAUGUUCCAGUAUAAUCAAUAUUUAUUAUAUCCGUUGAUAUUGGUAAAACCAUGUCACAUCUUAGAAAUAAGAAAGUCAACCUCGUCGUAAAUGUAGUAAUUUCCAAUCCAUUUAAGUCAUCAGUUUUAGGGGACACUUAAAGAGAGGCCUUUGCAUCUAAUGAAUUCUUUCCGUAAGUAUGUAUUUGCAUGAUUUGUGUGGCCUGCAGAUAGACCUCUUCUCGGUCCAGUAUUUCAGCAUGUUUUGCAAUUGCGUUUCAUGGUUUCUCUACCUGCAAACAUUGCAGCAUGUACCGAAACUGGUCGCAUGAAUGUAAUUUCAGCAUUAUUGCCCUGCGAUCCUGAAGCCUUUGUUUCAGAUUAUGACCUUUCUAUAGGACAGGGUUGCAGGCUGACUGCUGAACAGUGUUUACUUUCUUGAGCUGUGAAAAAACAAAAACAAACCCUGUGUGUGUAUUAACUGUAGUGACAUCGAUAGCUGUGUAGCAAAACAAGACUGUGAACCCAAUAGUCCACUGAUAGAAGUAGCUUUCUCUAUGGGGAUUGAGUUUUAAACUUCCCAUUACCUCCUUUGCUGUGGAAAUGCUUCUCUCGCUGGGUGAUUCUUCUGUCUAUAAUGAAAUGUGUGUACUAUACGUCUGAAUGGCUCAAGAGACACACGUCGUGCCCAGUCAGGAGCAAUGGCAUUUGCAAUUGUGGGUCCGUUCCUUUCCAGGGUCCUGUCUUGCAAGGAUUGCAUAACCUUGCAUUGCUCUUUGCAUUGCUGAGCUUCCUUGCAUCCCAUUAAGGCCAUUGGAAGUCAAAUACAAGAGUCCCAUUUAUUUCAAUGGGGACAAAGUGAGGUUUACCUGUCACUGGGCUCUAUGCACACCAUUGUGGCUUCUUCUAUCCUAGGAACUCGCAAUGAAUAAUAGUAGUAGUAAUAAUAAUGUAUUAUUAUCAUUAUUACACAGCAUUGCAACAUUUUGCUUGGCCAAUAAAGGUAUUGUUUGGAUUUGCUAAAUGGCCCAAUGCAGCUUAAUGGGACAAGUAUUUUUGGAACGGCGAAAUGCUAAACGUUUAAAUGUACGAACGAAUUACAGGGAUAUUCUCCUCAGGAUUGCGCUACAAGACUAGCGUCAAAACGUUUGGAUUAAUUUUUGCUAACCGUUUGUUGUAUUAGGAUUCCUAAACAAAGACUGUCUUUAAACAGUCACCCUUUUGGUUUUUGUUGUCGUCGUUUCAGAUUAUUUCAUAUGUUUGGUUUUGUUUUUCUGAAGCCAAAAUGCCCGGCGUUUGCGUUCUUGGCUGUAAUUGGGGUUUUUUGGUGAUGAUGAUGGUGAUGAGCUUUGUAUGUCGGGAGCCAUAACUGUCUGGACUUUGCUCUCCUUUGUGGAAUGUGUUUUUAUUUUCAGAAAUAAAGAAAUAAAAUGGCA